AUGGACCCCAAAUGCUCCUGUUCCACUGGUGGAUCCUGCACCUGUGCUAACUCCUGCAAACUCACCUCCUGCAAGAAGGGCUGCCACUCCUGCUGCCCCAUGGGCUGUGCCAAGUGUACCCAUAGCUGUGUCUGCACAGCAGCACUGGACAAGUGUUCUUGA